AUGAAAGCCGUUCUUUCUCUCACAGCCCUCCAGCUGCUGGCCAGCUAUGUGACGGGUCUCCCGCUGCAGGACAGCUCCCUGGCCAAGAAUGUCAAGCGUCAGGGCACCAGCUCCUGGAAUCCUCCAUCGGAGCUGGUGACCCCUCUCAACGAGGUAUGGGAACACCAAAUGUCAACCUACAGCGACCCUCUCGGAUUCCGCAACUACGGAUACGACCAGGUGAUCGACGGCAAGGGCAAGAUCAACUACUGCGUGCGGUGGGACUCCACCCAGUCCGUGACCCAGGCACAGCGUGAGCAGGUCGAGACGGCUGUGCGACGGUCGUUCAACAAGUGGAUAGCCGAGCUUGCCGGCUUCGAUGGGUUCCCUUACAACACGGUCGAUGUCAAUGUUGUUGGAUGGGCUGUCAAGGAUAAGGGCCUGCUGCAGGGCGACACCUCGGGUAUUGAGGUGUACACUACCACCGAUGAAGAGGGUAUCCCGCAGUGUGACCCAGGAUGUGGGCGAUUCUUCCACCAGGAUAACGACUACAGUGCCUGUGCUGCUGGGGCUGAUCGCCACUACGACCAAAGCCUGUGGCUCACUGAUGGCUUCGAAGGCGGCGCCGGUGGUGACUGGGGCCAGCGCAUCGGACAAGAGUAUUUCAUGCAGAACCUUGAACUGGAGGAUAUCCAUAUUCUCCUGCAUGAGAUGGGGCAUACUUUCGCCCUGGAUGAUUUCUAUGACUGGACCCCGACUGGUCAGACGAGCUUCAUCAUGCUGGCUGGUAGCGCGAUGAAGAUCACUGAGUUUGACGCGUGGAUGGCAAAGGACUGGUGGCGCCAUCUGAAGUCUCGCUACAGCCUUUAG